UUUUUGUUUGGUGCUUCUCUCUUCCCCUUUUUGUUUUUUUUCUUUUCUAUAUGUAUUUUUCACACCUUUUUGUCGGCAUCAAUAACAUUAUUUUUAUUUCCUUUUCUAAAAACAACACCACUUUUUUGCGUUUCGUUUUUGUGUUACUCAUUACCUUUUUCAUUGUUUCCGACUAAUUUUUUGCAUGGAUGAAGGAAAUGAAUUAUAUAUACCGUAUUCCCUCUAAUAGUACUGCCUGCAUUACAGGAAUACGAUAUUUAUUUAAUGACCCUGCCGACAAAAAAUUAAAUUAUAAUUCUAAUUUUGACGGAGAAAUCCCUGGAUUUUUUUAAAUUUAAUACAGAUGAUCUCUACUAAAAAUAAUAUUUUUAAUUUUAAUUCCUUAUCCAAAAUUAUAAUUUAAAUUUAUAGUCUCCAUAUUUUUUAUUCCUUUACUAUUUAUAUUUUAAAAUAAUUUUUAUUUUCUUUAAUAUUAUUCUAUUUUUGUCAUAUUUUUAAAUUUAAUUCUAUUUUGAACAUUUAAACUUUCUUAUUAAAUAUUUUCUUUAUUUUACUUAUAUAUUUUCAUAAUUUCUCGCUGCUUUAGUCUCUUCUUAAUCGUUUUAUUUGUCCUUUUUACCUCCUCUUUACAUACAUUUUUAAUUGGCAUUCAUUCUGCAAAACUUUUUUAAAUGGCUGCAAAAACACUCAAUUUUCCCUCAACAAUUUUUCGGUUCCUCUCUCGCAUCGCUUUUCCCAUGCCACCAAUUUAUUCCUUCUACUUUGUUUGUACUAAUUAACAUUUCCGUUGUUCUGACUAAAAAAUUCUUUCUUUAUUUUUUUUUAUUUUUUAAUAAAAAUUGAUUAUUUUUAGGCCUCUAAAUAGAGAAUUUCUGAUUUUUUUGGAUAAUUUUUUGACUUUUAGAGUAAUAUUUCCUUAAUAUUUUAAGGAUUUUAAUUAAAAAGAAGCCUUAAAAUAAGCAUAAGCAUGGUUGAACGAUUACCCAGAUUAAAUUUUUGAAAUAAAAUAAAAAUUAUAUUUAAAUAAAAAAUUUCCUCUUUUGUCUUUAAUUUAUUUAAAUAAUUUAUUUAAAGUUUUAUUUAAUGUCAUUUCUCUCAUAAAUUUUUUAAACAAAAGCUUAAACAAAAAAGGUUUUCCACACUUUUAGAAUUUUAAAUAAAUUUAAUAAAAUUCACAUGGCACGGCAUAAAUUUAACUUUAUGAAUUUUUGAUUUUUCUAUAGCGUUUCCAUGCCUUCAAAUAAAUUUUUAAAUAAAAUAUUGAGCUUUUUUUUCAAUUUUAUUAGAAUUUACAGUUUUUUUUCUCACGCCACACUCUGCUCACGCUUUCAAUUCCUUUCUCUUUACCGUCUCGGAUUUCAUACUAAUAAAUAUUAACAAUUUUUGAGUUGUAAGGGAUUGGCUUUAAAAAUUAUAUUUUAUGGGGAAAAUGAAGCCUUUUACUAUACGAUUUUUAUUUUUUUUAAAAUAUUAUUUUUAAAUUUUUAAAAUAAUUUUUAAUUUACUCUAAGCCUUACUAACCAAUCAACGAGUAAAAUUUUUUAAAUUCCUAAAUUUUAAACAUUACUUGGGGAAAUUAUGUAGUUUGAAUUAAUGUUGUAACAAACAACCUUAUUUGUUUGUUACUACAUAUUUUAAAUUUAAAAAUCUUUCAAUGCACGAGUUUUUUAUUUAUUAGAUAACAUUUUUAAUUGAUUUUUUUUUUACAUUUUAAUUAUUUUUUGCCUAUUUUUAUCAUUAUUUUAAAAGAUUUAUUUAAUUAUUUAAAUACAGGAAUUAUUUUCCUAUUAAUUCCCUCUCCCUUAAAAAUGCCCAAUAAAUCUGUACGUGUUUCUCGUCCCUAUUGGGAAUCCUCACCCUCAAUCUCUUCUCAACUUGCUCAUCGGCGUAUAUUUAUUGCCAAAAACGAUUCCUGUCCUCCACAAACAACAGCAUCUUCCUCUCAAAAUGGAACAAUAAAUGAGGUGGCAACAAACAACAAUAAUAAUUUAAUUAAGAAAAUCAUCCACAACGACAACGAAAGGAAAGGGAGCAUUUCAAGAAUAGCUACAGGAAAUAUUUCUUUUACAUCUGCAUCAAUUACUAGAAGAGAAUUAUUAUUAACACAAUUUCCAGCUAAUCCAUAUCACAAUGGGGGCAGAUUACUUCUAAAACGAGACAGUGAAUUGGGGCGUAGUUUGGAAAGUGUUUGCAGCGGGGCUUCUUUGAAAACAAAACCUUUUGGUAAUAAAGCAUCUGGCUUUGUUUCAAAUUCUCGGAAAAAGUCUGCGAGAGAAGAAAAAACAUCUGGAUUAAAUUCAAGGAAUGGCAGUGCAAAGUCUUAUGAACGAAAUCAUAGUUGUAUUGGAUACCAAACGCGUACCUCUUUUCAUCAAAAGAUUCAAGUGCAAGGAACACUCAGUGAACCUUUAAACGCCCCAGAAAUGGAUAAACAACGUUGUUUAAAUAUUUCUUCACCGCCGGCUACGGAAAGAACAGCAAAUGGAGGAGAUGAAACUUUUAAUCGUUCUACUUCAAUUAGACGUUGUAUUUCAUCGAUUUCGAAACGUUUCAAGAAAUCACCAUUUGAAGAAUUUACUCCGCCUGUUCUUCAAAAUCAAUCAGAAAAUAAUUAUGAAGCCGACCCCCACGCACUAAUACCCUCUACAAGCGAUGAUUCCCUCGACAACGACCCAGAAUUUCUAGAAUUACAAGAACGUGAACAAAUUGUGGAUAAAUACGAAAGAGGUCCUGAACAAAAAGAUGUUGACCCUUGGGAAAACCCAAAUUUUGAACUUUACAGGAUAACAGACAGAUAUGGAUUUGUUCACAAAGAUGAAAAAUUCUCGGCAGAUGAAGCCGAGAAGAAACGAAUAAAGAAGGAACUUAGAAGGGAAGAUAAAUGGGUAAUUAUGUUUAAAGAAUGGGAACAUCUACGUCCAUCUAAAUUACCUGAAAGAAUUUGGAAAGGAGUUCCAGACAAAUUUCGACUUUUAGUCUGGAUGCGCCUUUUGGGGGCAAACGAACUUAAAGCAAAGGCACGAACUAAUUUAUAUAAUGAUUUGUUAAUUCGUGCACGUCUUGUUUCCAAAGACAUUAAACAGAUUGAUUUGGAUAUUAAUAGAACAUAUAGAGACAAUUUGGCAUUUAGAAGGAGAUAUGACGUGAAGCAACAAUCUUUAUUUAAUUUACUCACUGCAUAUUCUAUGUUAAAUACAGAAGUUGGUUAUUGCCAAGGAAUGAGUCAAAUUGCGGCUGUUUUUCUCAUGUAUAUGGACGAGGAAGAUGCUUUUUGGUGUAUGCAUGCACUUUUAGUUACAAGAAAAUAUACAAUGCAUGGUUUUUUUGUUCCUGGAUUUCCAAAACUUCAUCGCUUCCAAAAUCAUUAUGACAAAGUUUUGCUCAAAUAUUUGCCAAGAGACCAAACAGGCAUUCCCCCCAUUUAUUUAACAAAAUGGUGGUUUGGUUGUUUCCUAGAUCGAGUCCCUUUUUCAUUAACGCUUCGUUUAUGGGAUGUUUUUCUUUAUUAUGGAGAUUGUAUUCUCAUUGCUAUGGCCUAUAAUAUUAUGAAAAUGCACAAAAAAACUAUAUUGAAAUUAAAUAUUGAACAAUUUAUGGAAUUUAUUCAAAGAACAUUAGCUGAAGAUUUUGGAUUUCCUGAUGAUAAAGUAAUGGAAUCAUUAGAGGAAUGUUUGAAGAAAUUACAGAAUGACAAAAUGGCAUUACCACCCCCUCCAAAUCCAACGGACCCACAAGAAGUUCCCACAAAACAAUUAGGUCCAAUUCUGACACGUUCAAUGCUUGAUAUUCGCUCUGAUAUUGCUGAAGUCUACAGUAGAUGUUCUCGUGCCAACUCAUUAGCCGGCCGUUCCCCAGCCCCCAGCCGACGACAACAGCAAAGACAUUACAAAUCAGCAACUGCAGCAAUACGUGUUCCAAUUCAGGAUGCUUCAAUUGAAGGAACAACAAAUACUUCAAUUCCUUUCUCAACCCCAGCCUCUUCAUCUUCUUUUGUUUCCCCUCCAGUUGAACCUUUCCUUAGAAGAGUUGGAUCUACAAAGGAUAGAAGACAUAAACCUCCACCUGUGCCAGAUGAAGAUGGUUUUGUUAGAAUGAGUCCAAGACAGAGAAGGGAACAUCAAUUACAACAACAACAACAACGCUUAGCUGAAGAAGCUGUUACCCAUAAACGCCAACCUAGCCAUUAUGAUAAUGUUUUGUCCUCCUCUUCUUCUGAUACUAGUGGUGUUAAUAAUACAAAUAAUGGAAUAAUUAAUACUAAUCAAAUUAAUAAUAAUACAAAUAAUUCUUCUACUUUUUAUACCCAACAACAUGGAACAAAUGCAUUAAAAAAUUCUAAUGUUAACCCUAUUCAACAGCAACAAAUAUUACAUUCUCCUAUUCACAGUAAUAAUGUUGAGCACAGGCGCGAUAUCUCUACUGACAGCAGUGGUCGACAUCGAGUUCAUCGAACACCGAAUAAUGUGACUUAUGUAAUGCUUGGUCCAGAAGAGGAAGAAGAUAACAAUAAUAGUAGUGAUGGAAGUCAACAAAGUAUUGUGCCUUUUAGAAAAAAUUUUGUUGAACAAAAAACGUCUGCAGCGGUCAGGCGUGUUGUUACUAGUCCACAACAACAAAAACCAUAUUUCCCUCCACCAGAUUAUCCUGGAAGCGAGAAAUUUCUUCCAAAAACAACAGCUUCAAACAAAAAUUCUGAAAUCUCAGAAACACCAAAAACAAUAAAAACGAGGCCAGAAAAACUUCCUUCUGAACGAACUCCUUCAAGAAUACCAAUGUCUACAAAUACAGACAGACGUAGGCCGUCAUCUCAAAAUGAAAGACAACCUAUGGCAAAACCUUUAUAUGCUAGAGAUGAGAAAACAGUAGUGAAACGUUUUUAA